UGUUCCACUCCUUUAGAGGAAACAAACUAGUUGCUUUUGUUUUAUUUCAUUACUUUCAAUGUUUAAUUCUGUAGCCCACAGAUGACAUAGACAGUAUGGAUGCAAAUGCUGACUCUGUCUCCGACAAUGAAGAAUAUACCAGUGUGCGAUCAAGCAAGGACAAGAAAUCUGAUGAUUGGUCAACUGUAAAUAAGAAGCUGAGAGAGCAUGGACUACAGCCACUCAAGUUUCAACACCCAGCUGAUAUUCAUCACACCUCAGGUUCAAUGACUUGCUUGGAUAGCAAUAAUAACAAGAUGGCAAGAGAGAACUUCCUGUCACUGAUGUCAGACUGUGAUCACAGACAAACACUUGUACAGGACCUCAUUACUAAAAAUAAUCAACUGAAAGAAGAUUUGGACAGGCAAACAGAACUCACAGAAAAAUACUUCAGUAAAAUGAAGGAUCUGAAAAUCAUGCUGGAAAGUUCAAGAGCAAGGGUCAAGGAAUUAGAGUCUGACGACCCUGGAAGGUCACAGACAGAUGAUAUCUGGGACAGUACUGAGCGUGUAAAAAACACAAGGUCAGCUGUCGUGGCCAAGAAUAAGGAUCUUGAAUAUAAAUGCAAGCAACAAGAGAGAGAACUGGAAAGAUUAAAAGAAAAAAUGCAUAACAUGUCUCAACAGGAUGAAAGACGCAAUAAGAGAGUAGCAGAAGUAUUUCAGGAAUUUCGACGUAGAACGGCUCGCGCUCAUCAUACUAUGGAUGACAAACUUUUGGAUGUGAUUGAUACGUAUGAGCGACAGUUACAAAAUUUGCAGAGAGAUUUAGAAAUGUACAGAUCUGGUGGAGAUAUGGAAAGAUCUGAAGGUUCUGGAGAUGAGGGUUCAUCAUUCUAUUCUGUAUCCAAGGAACAAGACACCACUGGCAACUUUAAAAAACUAGUCCGGGCCUAUGAGAAGCAAAUAAAGGAAUUAAAUAAACAAGUGAAAAAACUGGAAGAGGAGAAAGAGCUCAUUAAACUUGAUGUUGGUGCUAGACCUGAGGUUAAAGAUUACAGAGUUGCACAGUUACGGAUGAAGAAGUUAGAGAAAUUACUUGCAUUACACAACAUCAGCAUACCUGGUGAGAAGUUAAAAACAGACCCCUACAGAUUGAAAAGGAAGUUCAGCACCAGGCUAGAAGAUCUUGAUUACCUCCCUUUAGAUCUAUGUCAUCAAUAUCUCAAGGACAUCGGUACUGAGUUAAAGGUGAAAGAUUUAGAGACAGUUAUCCCUAGAAUACAAAGGGUGACAAAAGAAUUGGAAGAAGUUCAUAAAUAUGAACAAUUCUGUCGCACAGUACAGGAGGUUGUGAAUAGCUUGGCAGAUAACAAGCGUAAAGAGAAACUAGGUGGCGCUAAACGCAGUCACCUGUCCGCGGAUACCCUCAACCAUCUUGUUACUGUCAUAGAAAACUGGAAAGAAGAUGAAGAAGGCCUGCAGGAGCUACAGAUGUCAAUAAACAGGCUAGGAGAUAGAUGCGCCCCCUGGUUGAAGAUACGUCUAGUAGGGGAGCCAACUAUGUCACAGAUUACCUCAGCAGUUGAUAAAAUUGUGUAUGAUGAUGGCGUAGAGGAACAGGCUGGUCAGGAGCAUCCCAAUAGGUCAGUGUUAGAGAACAUUGUCUCGCAUUUCCAGACGUUAUUUGAUGUACCUAACAUAUCUGGAGUGUUCCCAAGAAUGAACCAGAUCUUCACAAAGCUGGGAGAGGUGCAUAAUGUCCUCAAUACACUCAAAAAUCUUCUUGGGCUAGGUAAGGAUGUGAAGUCCUCGGCUAUUGUAGACAGUGUUGGACGUCUGGUCCAGCAACACAAUACAACUACCGUACAACAUCUAAAAAACCUACUUCAAACUGAAGACCUUGAUGGUGUUAUAAGAAGGUUACAGGAGCAUCAAGAAUUUUUCCCAGCAUUCUAUGAAAUUAUGAAUAAAUUGAUAGAAAUUUUAGACGUAAGACGAAUGGACCAAGUUAUCCCAGCAGUAAGAGCUCUCAAACUCCUUGCCAAUUAAGGACAGUUACUCAGGA